GACAAUAGUAUGAAAUUCCGAAGUUCGGAUAACAAGAUAGUUUUUUUUGGAUUUUAUGCGUAUUUCUAUGUCUUUUACAUUAGUUGUUCUAAUUAGGAAGACUUUUUUCGCUUGCUGUUCUCAUAAGGAAAAGUGUUCUUAUUUAGAACAGAUGCGGUACUCUUUAAACUACCGGUAAUUACUCAUUUACUUUUCAAGAUACCUUCAUGAGUUUUACAUCACUCGAUGGAGGAAACAAUGCCGCACUCAAUUAUGUAAAAAAAUCAGAAAAAAAUUCAGAUUAACUCCAGAUAAUAAAGCGGUUUUUCAUAGCUGUCAAACAGCUGUUCCAAUUAGGAACAUUGACUCUAUAUAUAGCGGAAUUCCGUCUACAAUUUGGUAUAGCAGGAAUUAGAAUAUCAACAAACGUCGUUGGAAAAAGAUAAAAACAAUAUACCGACAUAUAAACAGUCGUAAAAAGUGUAUGUGGACUCAAAUGGGUUAUACAGAAAGAUCUAUGGAAGUCUGCUCUUUCGAACUAGGCAACUUCGAGCUUGAUAGCCUUAGUCGAUUACAAGUUAUUCGAGACAUGAUGGCCACGUCGAUUUAACUCUGAAAUGGACAAUAGUAAUAUUGAUCUUGUAAAACGGCCAGGUGACUCAUCUAGUCUCAAUUUGAUCGAGAAAACGUUAGAUUAUUUUAACAAAGUUUAUAAAAACUAAAACCAACGAAUAUCGAACAAUUAUAUAUAAAGACUGAGGAUUUAUCGCACGACCUAACAGUGAAACGGUAUCAGCAAUUAAUGAGUUCAAUGUCACGACAUAUAAAACAGUUUAUUUUAACUCUUCACGAGACUUUAAACAAAUAUUGAAAACAAUAGUUCAAGAAAACUCUUAUGAACAUUAAGUAAUUCUAUAUUUUUUCUGAGAAAAAUGUUUUUAGUGACUAUGCAAUAUAUGAACUUUUUCUCAAUAAAUACUGAAAGAGCAAAUGCGUAUCUGUACAUCGAUACCAAAUUUGAAACGAAUAAAUAACAUCAAUGAAGAAAAAGAUUCAAAAAAAGUCAAACGCAUAGGGUGAUUAUAUAAAUCUUCGCAGCACUGUAUAUAUCUAUAUAAAGAUAUUGCCGAGGUAGAGAUGAGAACAAGAAUAUGUUUAUUUUCUGACUAUAAUGAAUGACAACUGAAAUAUAAUCUUUUCAUCUUGAGUAGUUGUGCGCAUUAACUUUGUUUCGAAUAUUUUAUAUUAGGAGUCACUGCCUACAACUAUCUCACGGGAAACGAAUUGCUUGAUUUUCAUGAUUAUGCAGCCGCUACUCUUUACUUUUAUAAAAUCUCAAGACCGAUCGCGAUUUCAAUUGGUAAUCGAUAUUCGAUCUAUGUUAAUCAAACUGGGUCUACUUUAAAGAGACAAGAUUACGGUGCUCUCGUAGCACAAGCAGCAACAGAAUAUGCUUAUACAGCUGCUGUAACACGAGCCGAUUUAUUAUAUCCUCCUGUCACGACUGAAGCGUUUCAAAGUGCAUGGAAAGAUCUUGCCGUGCAGACUGCAUUGAUCUACGAGAAUAGUGUCGUGCGUAGUUACGGCUUCAACCAGCCAUUUAGAUCCAAAAUUAUUCCACGUGUCGCUUGGUUGAUUUAUCUUGACCCAAACGCUGACGGCUUGACCAUCAUAGAGAAUGCUGUCAACGACACUCUUGUUUGGUGGUCUUCGACCACUGAAUUUUGA